AUGGAGAUGAAACGUCUGGGUCAUCCUUCCUUCAUCAACUUGGACAAUGCAAAGGUGCAGGAGAAAGCGGCCGAACUACCGGAAGACGGGGUGCCGCCCGAGGUGCUGCGCAUCAUUGAGGAGGAGAUGGGCAAUGACGAUGCGCCUAUGGACAGCAAGCUCCAGCCCCAGAAGGCGGCCACACCAUGCGACGCCCCAGAGCUCGACAUCGCAGCAGCCGGCAAGACCUUUGCGGCCCAGCGGCCCCGCACCGUCGUAGCUGAAGGACAAGACCAACGGGACGCGCAAGAAGCGGAGAAGCUGGCGUUGGAGAACUUGGUGGCCGACCUCAAGGACGACGGCAUCCGCGCAGGGCUCGAGACCUACGAGGUGCGGGCCGGGAACCAACUGAUGGAUAUGUUCCGGCCAGGCUACUGGGCAAUAGCCUACUGCUUCCUCUUCAAGCAUGCCACAGCUGGUCCGGACGUGGUCCACACCAUCAAGACCGAGCAGGCGGAGAUGGAGCCGUCGAGGCGGAAGAAGGGCAACGAGCGUGCGCCAGAGGUCGGCAUUCAGGCAUGGGCGGCGAGCAUGCAGCGCCAAGCAGCGGCGCAGUUCCGCAGGGACUGGAACUUCAGCCCGACGUUAUGGAACUACCUGUUCCGCACCCGCAUCAACCUGGAGCCCAACGCCUACAUGUUCAUGAAGCUGGACGAGGAUGGCGGCGGCCGCCGUAUGAUAACCAUCCCAGAAAUUCAGGCGGCCACGCAGGAAGUCUACAGACAGCUGUACCUCGGCAUGUACCUGGACACCAACAACGAGCUAAAGCCCGUCAACGGCGACUUGAACAAGGUGUCCUAUGUGCCUGGCUUGUCCGUCGGUGCCCACCACGUCCUCAACAACCUGCAGGCCCGAACGCGCAAAGUACCCGGCACCCACGCGGUACGAAGCACCAUGCGGCACCAGACGCACGCCAAUCGCAUCUGCUACGGAACGCCGCUGUUCAUCACUUUCUCCCCGUCUGAGAAGGAUUCAGCCCUUGCCAUUCGCAUGGGGGGGGUCCGGCAAAGCGCCCCCGCCAUUGCCGGCGACGACAACAAGAACAUGUAUUCUAGGGGGAAGCCAGAACUGGACGUGGAAUUCUGCCGCCUGUCGCCGGAGCGUUUGGCCGAGGACUUUGGGUUCCAAGGCGGAUCAUCUUUACUUUUCUUUGCCCCUCUGUUUUGUUCCGGUGAGCUACCGGACUACGAAACCAGGCGGGCGCUACUGGCGAGGGACCCGCUGGCCUGCGUCUACGCCUUCUAUGUGUUGGUCGGCUUAGCUUUCCGGCACAUCUUCGGCCUCAAGUUCUGCCCCAAGUGCCCGGACUGCGCCUGCUCGAACAAUCCCUGCAUGGAUGCGUUUGGCAGCAGCACUACCGCGAGGGGCGGCGUCUUUGGUCGGAUCGAUGCGGUGUAUGCCUCCCUGGAAUGUCAACGCUGCGGUGCAUAUCACCUACAUGGACAAUUCUUCCUGGAAUGCUUUCACCAGUUCAGAUCCUUGAAGGACUUGGUAGAGAUGGGCCAAGAGCCGCUCCUGGAGCUCCUGCGGAAGUAG